AUGAAUGUGCAUGAGCAGCUACCAAGUCAGAGCCUGUUGCCAGGCGCAGAAAUCCCGAAGAAGACUGAGCAAGAUGCAAAGUUCCAAAAUGGCGAGCAGGGGCUCCCAAAGAGCAUAGGCCUCAUGGUUGAGAUCAGAAGACUUAGGUUGAUGGAGGUGGUCGGUUUUGCCGCGUACUGCAGAGGUAAGAUCGUGCGGGUGGUGAAGUUCCACCCGGAGGCCAUCAGUGGGCCAUCAGUGGUGAAGCUGAAAGAAGAGAACCUCAUGUACUCAGCCAUGCGCGAGAAAGAAGUCCAAGAACAGAAGGAGAUGCCUGAGGGUGAGAUUCCUAACGGCACCAAGGUGGACAUCCGUGGGCUUCAGAGUGAUGCCGCGAAAUGGAUGAACGGACAGACGGCAAUCGUAGUGUGCUGGGACAAGGACACGGAUAGGUAUGAGGUGCGGCUCAGUGUGAACAAUGAUGUCAAGAAGGUCAAGGCGGCCAAUCUUCGGUUAGAAGUUCCAGAAGGCUGGCAGGAGCAUUGGGAUGAGCAUUUGGGCCGCUACUACUAUGUGAACAUGGCAACGCAAAAAGUUACAUGGAAGCAUCCCAUUGUGAUGAACCAGCGCGGCAAAUUUGGACAGGUGAGGGAGAAGCUUGAUCAAGACCUGGAAGAAGUCGAACUUGACCACGAGCGCAAGCACUAUGAGGUAGACGAAGAGGAAGAGAUGGAGGGACAGUUCAAUCUGCAAGCCCUGGUCAAGAAGGUUGAGGAGCAGGAGGCAAGACGAGAAGCAGCCGAAGAAACAGGUCAAGAUGUUGAUAGUGACGACGGCUUACAUGACAUCAAGCCGAAGAAGAAGAAGCCGAAGAAGGAGAAGGUUACUGCAGAGAACAUCAUUGAGAAGUGUCUCGUCCUGAUCGAGCACACGUUUGUUGCCAGAGAGUCCAUUAAGAAGGACUACCAUCUUCUUGACGGCAACGUGUGCGCAAGGGAUUUGACCCCGCUCAUCCAGAAGUGGGAGGCGCUGGAGUCCGCAUCAGAUGCCCCGGAUUCCUUGUGCAAGGAGACCUUCGAGGUGAUGCUCGCGCUGAUUCUGCGCGGGGCGGAGCUUCUCAAAGAGUUGUCCGUGAAUCGUUUGCAACUCUCGGAGCUGAACAAGGCUGGUCUGCUGGGCUUGACCAGCUCAGAGGCUGGUGCUGAGGACUGCGACAUGGCAAUCCGCCAGUUCUUGAGGCCGGCCCAGCCGAAGGCGAAACGGCGGCGGCUGCGGCCCAUGUACGAUACGGAGGAGGCCUUUCUGGAGGGCAUUUGCUUCGAGUCGCCUGCCUCAACCUCUCCAAGCCAAGGAAGUCCCGGGCCAGAAGCGGAGGAUGACCUGGUGACGGCUGUGGCGCGCAGCAUUUCUCUUCAAGACCCUUUCACGUUGCAACUCAUUGAGUCACCCGCACGGGGCCGCGACUGUGAGCAUAUCCAGGCGUUUGAUCGGCGAGGAUUUCUGGACUUCAACGAGCUCAUGGAAAAGAAUCGCUGGUGCCGCCUUACCAAGAAGUGGAAGUGUCCUUUCUGUGGCAAGCACAUCAGCCGAUACGACCUCGUGGAUGCCAAAGAUGUUCAAGAAGUGCUGGACCAGUCUCGCAAAUUAGGUGUUGAGCUGACUCAUGCUGUGCUGCAGCCAGAUGGCACGCUUGCUUUGCCGGCAUCGCGGCCUCCUACCGCCUCCAAGGCGGAAGCGGUGGCAGCAGUGGACACCUCCAGCGACGAGGAGGCUCCCAGUCUAAAGGCCGAGCAGCCCAGAGGAGAACCUCGCGACCAGCGCAGGCUGGAGGACGCCCCAGCACAAGUCCAUGAUGUCCGAGAGGUCAAAGCUGCGCGAUCCAGUGUCAAGUCGGCUGCAAAGGCCUCAAAGAAGGGCAAGAAGGCAGCCUUGGCAGCUGCCAGGGAAGCCUGGCUCCAGCAAAAGACGCAUGCGUUUCUCUAUUUCAACGGAAGAGCCUUGCCAAGGCCGGAGACCGAGACAGUAGAUGUAGACGACUCAACCAAAAAAGAGGCUCCCAGUCUCAAGGCCGAGCAGCCCAGAGGAGAACCUCGCAACCAGCGCAGGCUGGAGGACGCCCCAGCACAAGUCCAUGACGUCCGAGAGGUCAAAGCUGCGCGAUCCAGUGUCAAGUCGGCUGCAAAGGCCUCAAGGAAGGGCAAGAAGGCAGCCUUGGUAGCUGCCAGGGCCGCUUGGGUUCAGCGGCAGACUGAUGCGCACAAGCAGGGGAGCAUUCUGCACUACUGCAGCAAUGGUCAGCAAGCAGGCCUUGAGGCGAAGCAAAGCCAGCACAAGUGA